AUGGAGGUUAAGGGUACCUCCAUCAAUAAAACUGAGCGGAUCGAUGUAUACCAAAAUAAUGAAUUCCCUCUAAAAUAUCGCAAAUUCUUGCGAGUCGUUUCUGAGUCAAGUGAACUCUUAAAUUCCACAACGGAAUUUAAGGUCCCUGCAAUUAACCUCGAAGGGGAUGAAUAUGCUCUUCUUCAAAAUGAAAAAAUAAUGGGUGUAAUCGAAUCUACUGUUAUUGAGUGGAGAUAUAAAAUGCAAGAAAUCAUUGAAGAACUAAGGUCCCGUUCAACUCAAGGUGAAGGUCCACUUGCAGAAAUUGAAUACUGGAGGGAUCGAACAGCCUCACUCUCCCGGCUGGUGGAGCAAGUGGCUCAACCGCAAAUUAAACGAGUUCUGUAUCUCUACGCGCUAAAGGAAAGGAUCCCGCCAAAUUCUGUUUUUGAAAUGCUUCAUCGCUGUUAUUUCGAGGCUACUGACAAUACCAAAUUACUUGCACUCGUCGAAAGAUACUUCAAGAUUAUAACCUACGGUACAAAUCUCGAUGACAUCAUCGAAUCCCUAUGCCCACUGAUGCAGGCACUGCAAAUGAUAUGGAUAAUUUCCCCUUACUUUAACAAAGAAGACCGAAUGACCGUCAUCUUUGAACGCAUAGCCUGGUGUUUGUGUGAUCGUAUCUCGAAGAUGCUGACUCCACAAGAAUUGUUUAAUUUACCUUUAGAAAAGAUGAUAGUACAAAUUAAAAGCGGAAGGCGCUUGCUGGAGAGUUGGAAAUCUACCUACAUGGCUCGAAGAGCUGACAUUGAGGCCUCUGGCCGUGAGUACCGUUGGGAGUUUGAUAAAAAACGUCUGUUCGCCAAGAGCGAUUAUAUGAUAGGCGUUUGCAAUGAUAUGGAAGAUGUGGUUAACAUCGUUAAGGAGUACAAAACCAUGUUUGGUCCUGAAAUAAAAAGUAUGUUCUCGAAUCAGAAGCACUUCGACUUGUUAACGGAGAAUGUUAUGGGGCUUUUAAAGCCAUUUAAAUCGCUGCAAUUUGAUCCAUUUUUGAUUGAAAACAAAUCAACUUGGCUCAAUCAGAUGACACAGUUUCGGAUGGAGGUGAUGGCGCUUGAUACAGACGCCAAGAGCUGUCUAGAAGAUUCCUUCCGCACCCUGCACUCCUCCAGCAAAGCCUUUCGGGUGUUACAGCGUCUUUUGGAGAAUCAUCCACGCAAGGAAAUUGCUCAGCUAUUUGAGGAGCGCUACACCGACAUCCUCGAUCGCUACGAUAAAGAACUGCGUCUAAUUGAAACGACCUUCACUGAGGGC